AUGGCCACGGCUGAAAAAGACGUCAACACCAUUGCCUUUGCCCGGACGCUCUCCAAUGUCCCCUGGUGCGAAGACUACGAAAAGAUGAUAUCGGGAGUCCUGUACGACGCCCAAGCAAAAGAACUUGUACAUGGUCGCUUCCGCGCACGACGCCUCAUGCACAAGUACAACAAUCACUUCCCCGACGACGCCACCCCGGACUCCCUCCUUGCAGAUCGGAAGGCCAUGCUGCAGGCAACGUUUGGAAAAGUCGGCAAGGGCGCCUUCAUCGAGCCACCCAUCAACAUCGACUACGGGUGUAACAUUACUAUUGGGGAAUAUUUCUACUCCAACUUCAACCUCGUCAUUCUAGACUGUGGCAUCGUCAAGAUUGGAAACAGGGUGCAGUUUGGUCCCUUUGUGUCUAUUUUCGCCGCCACCCAUGAGACGGGCGUGCAGUCGCGCCGCCAAGGGGUGGAAUACGCACAGGGCGUGACCAUUGGCGAUGACUGCUGGAUCGGCGGGAAUACCACCAUCAUGCCGGGCGUGACUAUUGGUAAGGGAUGCACGAUUGGCGCGGGGAGCAUUGUGACCAAGUCGAUUCCCGACUUUUCCGUGGCCAUGGGUUCGCCGGCUCGGGUCGUGAGAACGGUUGAUGCUGUGCCCGACUUGUGA